AUGUCAAAGAUCUUGAUAGGCAAAGGCCUGGCACCGCCGCAGCCAUCUCAAGAAAGUGAUCAGCAGCAUCAGCAGCAGCCCACGGCUGAAUGCAGCACGCCGGGUGGCGACUGUGCGGCGCACCGAGUUGUGCUGCUGCAGCUGCCGUGCCCCGCGACUGGCGCGGCACAGCAGUUCGUGCUGCUUCCAGAUGGCAGCUGCUUCCUUUGCAGCCCCAUCGACCCGGCAUACGUGCUGCUGGCGCUGCUGGACAAGCGGAAGCAACAGGAGCAGCAGGCCUGUGGAGGUAGUGGCGGCGGCCCAUCCUCAAUGUUCCAGGAGGCCUCCAGCCUGCUGUGCUUGGACAGCUGGCCGGGCGCCGCUGCCCUGGGGACGCUGGCGGCCAGGUCGCUGCCUCUGAUCUGCGACGUCAAGGGCAGCGGCGAGGACUGCUACUACCGACUGACUGAGGCCAGGGUCGCCGCGUGGCUGCGCUGCAAGUUGGACCAGACGCUCGCUGGCCUGCGGGAGGCGGCGCCCGGCAGCGUGGCUGGCCUGCAGGGCGACGGCGCGCGCGCGUACGCGCUGGGCUUCAUGGGGGAGUACCUGUCGCCGCCGCGGCUGGCGCAGCUGGCAGAGGCAUGCCAGCUGCAGCCCGCAGGCACAAGCAGCGCCACGCCAGCCGUGCGGCAGGCUCCCACGCCAUCAACGGCGCCAGGGCAGCCAUUUGAAGACGCGUCGGCGCCCAAGGACAAGGCGCGCAAGGUGGCGCUCGACCCGAAGGAGGCCGCGCGGCGCAAGAUGGAGGAGGGGCGCGCCGAGGCCAAGGCGGUGCGGCUGGCGAAGCAGGCGGAGGGCACGCGCAAGAUCAGCAGCUUCUUUGCAGCUCCCAAGAAGAAGUAA